GGUGAAUAAAAAUGUCUGCCCUGGCUUCUGUCCCCGUUCAGCCCAGGCGCUGGUCCCAGCUCCUGCCACGCUGACCGGAGGGCUCUUGGUGAGAAGACAACUUGACUCGUAAGGACAUGGCUCAGAUGGAGAAGGAAUUUAAGGCUGGCGUUGACUUGCAAAGGGACAAGGAUGGAGGUCCUUGGGGUGGAGAUUCGACUGAUGAGGAAGAAGUGGAAGUUGAAGAUGAUGCUCUAACAGAUGAAGAACGGAGGUUUUUAAAACAAUUCCACAGCUGGAGAAAGAAUGAAAACAAGCGCAUUCGAACACUCUAUGCCAUCGCAGACAACAUUGACAAAAGCAACCAAAAAGCCACCAAGACCAAAGUGAUGACUAACUCUGCGUCAGUCAUCUCUGGAGCCAUGUGUCUCCUGGGUUUGGCCCUUGCUCCAGUAACUGCAGGCGGAAGCCUGGUGUUCAGUGCUGCUGGGACAGGUUUGGGGGCCGCUGCUGGGAUCACCAACAUCGUGACUGACGUGAAGGAAGACUCUCGCAACAAAAGCGCCCUAGCUCAGGCCAACAGAAUCAUACCUAGCAGUGACCAAGAGCUUGAGGAGGUCACGGGAAAGAAGAUAGCCUACGCCACGGCCGCUGGUGAGAUUGUCUACAAAUGUGGGAGUGCCUGGGAAAACAUCCGAAAUCACAUCCGAGCCCUCCAGCUAACCAAAACACACCCCCAUGUCGCCUCGGCUGCCAGCAAGCUCAUGACUGCUGGCCGGGUCUCAACCCGAAGCGGCAGGCAGAUACAAAAGGCCUUUGGGGGCACAGCUCUGGCAAUGACCAAAAAUGCCCUCAUGAAGAACGGUCUAUCUGCUGUCUUCUUUCUCGGCCAGGACAUAUAUGCUCUCUUGAAGGAUUGGGAGAAACUGCAGGCUGGAAAGCCAACAGAGCUUGCAAAAGAGUUAAGAUCGCGGGCUCAGAAGCAGGAGCGGGUGGUAUCAGAACGCACCUGUCACUAUGAAAGGCUGAAGAAGAGACUCAGAGACUCAAAGAAGAGAGAGGCCUGUGAGGUUUUUGAAAAGAGCCAUGGAGACUCAGCCUCGGCCUCUAUCCUCCACUGAGAAAGCAAAGCCCAGGAGACAGCAGCAAAGACAAGCUGAGACCUUGGGGUUUUGAGAUCAAUAAAGGGGGACCAGGGUGGGGGUAGCAAGGCUGUCAGAGGUGAUGCCUGAGGCUCACCCACCAGGAGGUGCCAGGAAAGUGCCUGGGGUCUCAGAAGGGAGGGUUCUGUUAACCCCUUCUUCACUCUGACUC